AUGGGGGAUGCCGCACGCCCAAGUGACGAUGAAUUCAGUCGCGUCCUUGACGAGAGCUUCAAGAUACGGUCUUCCUAUCAGGGUUCUGAGAGUAAGGAUCACAUACUUCCCCAGCAAGCCAUAGACCUGAAACCCCUCGUCAGCCAGACCCCGCCUUUCCUCGGUGAUGGCCUUGCUUCUGUUAACGAGACGAUGUCGUUCGCUUGCGAAGGAAAGCAACCAACACAAUUGAAAGGCAGACUUUUCGUCAAUGGCCUGUCAACAUGGAGGACUUCCAAAGGAACCUGUGACCUACAACCAAGGGUCCUGCCUAAGCAACUUCUAUUAGGAGUUAACAGUCGAUUAAGUGUGAGGUUAUCAGAAAACUCUCCUUUCUCAGACUGGCCCGGUGUUCAGGGGCUGUCAGGUUACGACAAAGGAAACUAUCUGUCAGUCCUUUACUUUGCAUGGGCCUAUAUACUAUCUGCUCCGUGGGUUGAGUUGCUCAGUCGCUCUGCUGAUCACGAAUGCCAUAUGGGCUACCCUACGGAGGGGAUGGAAGGUCCAUUGCCACAGUUGGACAAGCAGUCCAUGACUCAAAUUGAUAUUGGUGAUGAUGCUUCUGACGAAGAAGUCCUCUGGUGGCGCACCAUUUUGUGUUGUGACGAGGGCUGGGAUGCGUCCACCAAGUACAAUGGCCAUGUCUAUUUGUCGCCGUGGUCAGUGUCAGCGAAGAAUGCAGGCUUUACACUAGCCACAAUGCCUUCUUUGAGCACUAAUUCAGAGCCCCCUUCGUCAGCCACCGCUGUCAAAUACCUAUCUCGUUUCUGUGUUCGCCAUCGCCUUUAUGCUCAGUGCUCAGUCUCCCUUGCUGGAGUCCUUUGCAUCCCAUCUCUGAGGGGGCGAGCAGUCUCCCUCCCACUAUCAAAACAAGCGUCCCGGCUGGAAGUAGCAGAAAGUACUGGUGACUCAUCUGUUUCUAUUCCCGAUCUCCUCAUUGAGCUCAAUGAAUUGCUUCCUAAGUACAUGACAUUGAGUUCCAAUAUAUGGGGUUUGCGCUCUCUUCUGUACAGCACCUUCUUCAAUCCAGACAUCGAGUGUAACCUUGUCAGCGCCUGGCUAAAUCCGGCUUUUGCGAUUCUCGAUUCCAUUUCGUCCAGGAAAAGCUCAUUGGCUGCGUUUUUGGCAAAUCGACAACCUCGUCUCGGAAUCCUCUGGCUCGGUGCAAUUACCGGGACAACACAGACGUUUCUGACCUCUAAAAUGGGCGCCAGUAAUGGUGAUUCGAUACGCCGGGAUGAUGAAUGUCGGCUGUUAUUCAUUACCGCUUGCGAAGCUCAUGACCGGCCUCCAAUUUGGGUUUGGAAGCCCUCUGGGGAAACACAACUUUGCGUUACGCAGCUUCCCGUUCAACGACAUGCCCAAUGUGCCGGUCAUUGUUUAGAAUACGAAUCUUGGGAAUGGAUGUUAACAAACGGCCGUUCAAUUCAAGACUUCUGCGAGAACAGUAGCCAGCCCCCUGGCCAAAAAGCACAUUCAGCCCCCAACAUAAAACCAGUUGCACUCAGCAAUUAUAACUAUGAUCUCUUCUCAGAAUCCCUUUCUGAAGGAGCCACGCGUGGGAUAUUUGGAUGGUUAAGAUCAACGGGGUACCCUCUCCGCGAAAGACCGAUAUACCAGCAUUCAUGGAUUGAUUUGGAAGACACUGACGAAGAAGAAGAGCCUGAUGAUGCAGAAUCAGACGUAGAAAAGCAUUGGAGUCCAAAUAAAAAGCACGUUGAAUGUUGGCUUGAUGGUAUUGAGUAG